GUUACGUACGUAAACGUUAAUUACCAAAGACCUGUAAAUUUCUUCAACAUGAACGCUGAACAUAAUAAGAAGAAGAAGUUCGCCAUCAUCGGCGUUUCAUCUGUGAUUCUAGUAGCCAUGGUGGUUGCCGUAACGGUUGGGGUAACCACAAAAAACAAAGUAGGGGGAGGGCACAAAAACUCGGACGGCGGGCAUGUCACCACGUCGACCAAAGCAAUAAAGGCUAUAUGCCAGCCGACGGAUUAUAAGGAAACCUGCGAGAGGAGUCUGGAAUCGGCUGCUGGCAACAGCACGGAGCCGAAAGACCUCAUCAAGGCAGGUUUCAACGUUACCAUGGACAAACUUCGGGCCAUCAUAAAAAACUCCACCACAUUGCAAGAACUGGCCAAGGACGAAAGUACAAACCAAGCUCUAGAAAAUUGCAAGGAGCUCUUGGAGUAUGCCAUCGACGAUCUCACGACAUCUUUCCAAAAAUUGGGUCCUUUCGACAUCAGCAAGAUCGAUGAUUACGCGGAAGAUCUCAAGGUCUGGCUCAGCGCGGCUAUUACUUACCAACAAACAUGCUUGGACGGGUUUCAGAACACCAAAGGCGACGCCGGCGACAAGAUGAAGCGUUUCUUGAACACCACGCAACAGCUCACCAGCAACGGACUUGCCAUGGUGACCGAAAUUACUUCCGUGCUUGGGUCUCUCAAUUUGAAAGCAAACCGGCGUCGUUUGCUGGCAGGGGGAGGGGGUGGAGGUAAUGCGAAGAAUGCUCCAAAGGUUAUUCCUACGUGGAUCAACAAUAAGCGUAGCCUCGACGUGUCUACCGUGACUCCACAGUCGAUUAAACCGGACGCAGUGGUGGCUAAGGAUGGGAGUGGACAGUACGAGACUAUUGGUGAAGCUGUGAAGAUGAUCCCGAAGAACAAUGCGGACAAGACGUUUGUGAUUUAUGUGAAGGAGGGAGUGUACAGUGAGUAUGUCAUGAUUGACAAGUAUAUGACCAACGUCAUGUUGAUUGGGGAUGGCGCUACUAAGACCAAGGUCACCGGUAGCAAAAACUUCGCUGCGGGAGUCCAAACUUUUCAGACUGCAACAGUCGUUGUAGUUGGGGACUACUUCAUUGCUAAGGACAUAGGGAUUGAGAACUCAGCAGGAGCCGAAGGGCACCAAGCCGUGGCUCUGCGAGUGCAGUCGGACUUGUCCAUCUUCUACCGCUGCCAAAUGGACGGGUACCAAGACACUCUCUACACUCAAACCCACCGGCAAUUCUACCGCGACUGCACCAUCAGCGGCACAAUCGACUUUAUCUUUGGAGACGCUGCCGUAGUGUUCCAGAACUGCAAGAUGAUCGUAAGAAAACCAAUGGACAACCAAGCUUGCAUGGUCACAGCCCAAGGGAGAAUUGACCGGCGUCAGCCCUCGGGUAUCAUCCUCCAAAACUGCACCAUCUCCGGGGACCCGGAGUACAUUCCCGUGAAGGACAAGAACAAGUCGUACCUGGGGAGGCCGUGGAAGAACCUAGCUAGGACCGUCGUGAUGCAGUCGCAGAUUGAUGGCAUCAUUGCUCCGGAAGGGUGGAUGGAGUGGACGGGUUCGAACAAUCAUCAAAGUUGCUGGUUUGGCGAAUACAGAAACAGAGGGCCUGGCUCCCACAUGAGCAAGAGGGUGAAGUGGAGCGGCAUCAAGAAUCUUAGUGCCGACCAGGCUGUCGCUUUCACCUCCGGUAAGUUUGUUGAGGGUGAUAAGUGGAUCAAGCCCAGCGGUGUGCCUUACGUUGCUGGCAUGGUUUCCGUUUAGGGUUUUAGACAAACAGUUUAGUGGCCUCUUUUAUAUUUUCAACAUUCCGAAAGGAUAGGAAAAGAAGAACAUAUGACUAAUAAUCUUAUUCUUUAUGUAUGAUUGUUGUAGAUAUUGUUAAUCGUGUGGCUAUCCGCAAGUAUAUUUGGAGCCCAUAUAUGUGUAAUAUUAGAUAUUUUGAGGAGUCUUAGUUUUUGUAAAUUGUAGGAGACCUUAGAUGUUUAUAUCCAUGGUCGUCCGAAUACACUCAAUUCUUCUAAUUUUCUUCAUUCACAUUCUGUCCUAUUUUUGUAACAAUUGUAAUCAGGAAAUAUAAGAAAUUGGCAUUUUAUGAUCUUGA